ACGGAUCCCAAUUCCUUUGUAUCUAAGUCGCGUAUUCAGAAAUGUUGCAGAAUACCAGAUGAGCGGUCAGAACUACUUAUUCUACGGAGUCGGUGUUUUUGAAAAGUAUUGAUAUUGAAUGAGAACAAACUACGAUAAACGCGAUCAACACGAUGAGACACUUCGACGAUCUCGCGUUUGCUUGCUGGACAUCAUGGACGAGGCCUGGUGGAGGACAAUCUUUCUCCAGUCGCGGCACGACAGACACAAAUGUCCUUUUUUCACCCUCAUCUGUAGCCUCAUCCUCGUCGGGGAGGAUGUCUAGGAAGGAGGUUUUCAAGAAGACGACACGACAUUUAAGGGCGCGUGAAUAUCUUACGGCCACUUCGUUUGCGGUAGAGACGGUAGUGCCACCAUACGACCAGACUGGGCGGUGGAAUGAGAAUUAUCGGCCUAUGGAGAAAGACUUUGCGAUGAAUGUUCCCUGGAAUCAAACCUCUAAGGGGGGUCCUUUCGUCGGCCCGUUCUUAGCGGACGCGUCACACCCCUUUGGCGGUCCUGUGAACACAAGCCGCUUGCAGGUACUGUGGAACUCUGUACAACCGCGCGAUCCCUACGGAUCCGCGGGUGUUGAUACUACGAAUUACCUCCUAGAGGGGGCGCGACACUACUACGCGGGCCCGGAACCGCGCACACAGGAAUUGUAUUGGGCGCCGCCUCCUGACAUCGACAUGGCUGGGGGUAACAUUUACAUGCCGCCAGGGGGCCUAGAUGAAGGCAUACCACCAAAAAUCGCAGACCGCAACACUCUUUACACGCAAACUCUACGUCGUGCGCCUCAGGCGAAUGAUAUGUAGCCCCAAAAAUAUUGCAACAGACCACACUGAUGAACAAGUUCCUCAUCUAGUAGACGUAGUCGUAGUGCUAGUACAACAGCUGCGUGCUUCUAGUAGUUGCACAGAAGGCAAUCGGCUACUGCAACAAUUGUUGCACUAGCAGAUUUGCAUUCCAAAUGUGGAAAAGCUUGAGAUCAAUCGAAUGCACCUAUCAUGUUUAGAAGGAGCCUCCUAGGCUACGUGUGGUCGCCUUUAUCUUUAGAAUGUCUUCCCUUCCUGCACAGACAGCGUUCAAUGCAGUUGAAGUAUGAUUUAAAGAAAGAUCAAAGGGAUGCCCCUCUGAGCGACUACAAAACGUAGUCCAAUAUGUUUGGUUGAUUUUUUCUUCUCCGCUCGUUGUCAUCGCCGAAUAAGGUUCUGUCGUUUUCGGCCGAACACGACUAGGUUUAGAGCCCGUCGAUCAUUUCAUAAAACGGGCAACGUCAUCCGUAAGCGUGUAAGAAAUUGCUUGUAAAUAAGAACGAGCACGAGGGAGAGCUGAUGUGGUAGAUCCAGAAAUCAAGUGUUGUAUGGGAAAUUGGAAUUGACGGCACAGUUUGGCGAAAUUGUUUUCGGAUUUGUUGAAAUUACAAAUUUGUCGCUCACGCGACACAAUUGAUAAACGUUAACGC